UGUGUUGUUUUUUUGAGGCGUUUGACUUUGGUAUUUGGCAAUUGUUGCGUUAUCUUGACAGGACUGUGAAGUGUUAUGGAAAGGUUAUAGAACAGGUAGGCGUAUACAUGUCGUAAUGAUUCUCUAUCAUGUGAGAUGGCGUCUCUCUCAUCUUAGACCACGGCAUCACCGAGUCACUCACUCACUGUGAGUUGGUGCUUUCUAUCGUCGAUGGAUGGUCUAGCCCCCCAAAAUAUUCCGUCCCCACAAAGUUUGGUUCGUUCGCCUGAUUUUCCAUUUCCCUUCGGGGCCAUGUGCAUUUGUAUGUUCCCUGCAUUAGCUCUGUAUUUGCAUUUCUCUUUUGUUUCCUCCUCUCUCUCUCUCUUUACUUUCGAGGUUUUAUGUAAGUGACGUGAGCCCCGCUUCCAAUGGAGGGGUUGGUUCCUUUUUUCAAGGUCAGGCCCUGUCUCUCGCUUGUUGUCACUGGGAGUUUAUUAGUUGAGCUGUAUUGGAUGUGAAUGAAUCUGAAUGACUCGGGAAGUCAUCAAUCACUUUUUGUUUCUGCCUUUGUCUCAUUAUUUAUAACGAGAAGCUGUUUAUCGUCUCUGAACCACCUUCAUCUUAAAACCUCAAACAUACAUCUUGAGCACUAUUCUCAAAGAAGCCAACAAACUCUUAUCAACUCUCUUCCUCCUACCACCAACCUCCACCAAAAAUCAUCCAUAACACAAUGUCUUCAUCAACACAACACCAUCAACCAAAUCGCUCGUCAGGAUGGACCGAAGAAAUGCGCGACAGGCAAGCCCGCGGGAAAAACCCAUACAGCGAAGAAAGCGACGUGAGCGAUGGCGAACCAAGGCGUCUUGGACCGCGGUAUCGUUCUUCGGCUUCACGAUCUUUCAGCGCCGACGCUGAUUCCUACAGUCCCGUUUUUGAAACACACGUAGAGAGAGAACGGAGAGGAGAGGCUAUGUAUAUUCUGGAUAACCAUGCGGCUCUCAUGGCACAUGCGCAAGCGACCGGCGAUAGCAUCGCUGGUCAACGCCUUCGAUUUAUGCGCCAAUUAUGUGGCUUCGAAGAUAAGCACGACGACACCAGCACGGCGAGGAGUAAACAGAGUCGCCGAGUUAGUGAUAAAAUCUCUCGAUAGUACAGAGUUCUCGUCACGGGAAGGGAGAAGACGGCCCUUGGUGAGAUACGGAUCUUUUAGCAAACCAUCACAAGCCUUUUAUAAUGAAUCACGACUUUCAAGUAAUAGAAUUGAAUGAACCUGUAUUUGCUUAUCCAUGCAGCUGUAGUAAAUGUUUACUGUUAGUAACCGCCAUCUGGUUCAAAACUCUGG